UGGUGUGGUUGACUGUGUGCUAGGAGGUCAGCUUCUCAAAAGUGAGGGUUGAAUCUUAUUUCUUUCUGUUUCCAAUACAUGCAGUAGGUACUCAGUACGUUUAUUGAGCUGACAUCCAAGGCCACUCUUAGAGCUCAGAUUUUUAUGAAAUAAAUGUUUUUCCUGCUCAAUCUUUGGGUAGGGGCAGCAACAAUAGGAUCCAGAAUAAUUCAUUAGAUAGGGUGUCAAGAUAUGCCUGCCCCAGGGGGUUAGGGGUCUCAUUUUGCCCUCUGUGUUGAUGGUCACCUCAGUGCCCUGUGGAUCAACCCAGGGGUUGACAGGAAGGAAACUGGGGAGAGCAACAGGGGAAGAGAUGGGCAGGCAAAGAAGAAAGCUGAGUCAUGCCAGUGAUGAUGCUCUUAGCAGCAAUUAACAGACCCUCCAACCAAUAUGUUUAAGAAUCCCUUGAGAUAAAGGUCUGAAGACAAAAGUUCCAGUGCUGGCUCAGUUGCUCAGGGAUGUCAUUAAGGAGGUAGGCCUUUUCAUCUCUUUGCUAUUUUCAGUGCAUCAGCGUGCCCCUACUUAUGGUUGCAAGGUGGCUGAGGCAGCACUAAAGCAAUACUUCCUCAUGUGGCAGUGUCCAAAGCAGGAAGGAAGAGGUGGAUGGGAAGCGGGUGGGGUUCUCCUCAGGAGUCUCUCUCUGUUCGUCAGGAUGGAAGCCUUUCCCAGAAGUCCCUAGGACACUCUCCUCUCAUCUCACUGGCCAGAAUCUGCCAGGGAGCUACAAGGAAAGCUGAGAACAUGAGCAUGGGCAUUUUCAGCUUCUGCAAGUAGGCUGUAGGCAAAGAAGAAAGGGGGUGGAGAACCAACCAACAAAAUGUGCCAGAAGAGUCCUGAAGUAGUAGUGAUGGGAUCAGACAGGUACUAGGGAAAGAUAAAGAGAAGGCAAAAUCAGAGGGAAGAGCUCAUAAGGAAAACCCAAACCUGACAAGAAAUAUUGCUGAGAAUAAGAACAACAUAAUCCUUCAGAGUCACUCAACGUUUGUUGUGAGUCCAGGUCCUUUUCCAGUUAUCUCACGUGAUUCUUAUCCAAGCCUUUUGGCUGGCAUUACCGACCCGUCUUAUGGAUAAGUAAACCAAACUGGGAAGGCCAAGACUGUAGUCCCCAAAGCUUGCCUAGAGACCAGUGCUGAGUUGAUGUAUCAGAUUUACCUAGCCCCUAAUCAGCUAGUCUGGAGGGGUCACACAGUGUCACACAGAGAAUAAAUGGCAGGUCACGUUUGAAACCAGAGCUUCUCUCUCCAGCAAUAAAAACAACUAACAUUUGGCAUUUAUUAACAAAUUUGGGGCACUAUAUUAAGUGUUCUGCAUGUACUACCUUAUUUAAUCCUUAGAUUACCCUAUGAAAGAGGUACACAUUUUAUAAUUUCCGACAUUAUGGUAUUACAAGUAAUUUGCUUUCUGGUGGUGGAGUCUGGAGAAGACAUGCGGAAAUGGCACCUCUCAAGGGGAAGGAAAAGAAGGAAGAACAGGUCAUCAGCCUCAGAUCUCAAGUGGCUGAAGGAGAAAAUGUGUUUGAUGUCCACCACAUCUUUGCAUCCUUCAGUGACACUAUUGUCCGGGUCACUGAUCUUUCUGGCAAGGAAACCAUCUGCUGUGUGACUAGUGAGAUGAAGGUGAAGGCUGACCGAGAUGAGUCCUCUCCCUUUGCUGCCGUGUUGGCUGCCCAGGAUGUAGCCCAAAGGUACAAGGAGCUGGGCACCGCUGCCCUCCACAUCCAACUCCAGGCCACAGGAGCAAAUAGGACCAAGAUCCCUGGCCCUGGAGCCCAGUCAACCCUCAGAGCCAUUGUCCACUCAGGAAUGAAGAUCGGGCAGAUUGAGGAAGCCACCCCCAUCCCCUCUGAUAGUACCUGCAGGAAGGGGGGUUGCUGUGGUCACCGUCUAUGAACAGGAUUUCUCAAAUUAUUGUUUUCUAUUAAUAAACUGCCUUUGUAUAAGCUUUAAGAAAAAGAUAAGUAAUUUGCCAGUAUUGCCCAGUAGUAAAGUGACAGAGUCAGGAUUUGGACUCAGGCCUUCUGACUCCAGAGCUGACACUUUUAAGUUACUGAUACAUUCUGCUGCCUGUCUAGGUUCCAGGUUCCAAAUGCUUAGCCCAUGGCUUUUUCUGCUCUGUGCUCUCUAUAAAUGUCAUUGUGACAAAUCUUAAAUCACAACCAGCUAAGGGAAAAACCCUGGUGGGCAUAAAACCGUCAUCCUGUGAUUGGUGGAGAGAACUCCAGCACCGAAUUCUUGGGAUUAAAGCCUCAUGGAGAAGAUGUUCCCAUCUGUGCAUGAUGGGGUGGGGGCUAACUUGGCUAGGGAGAAGGCAGCUUCAGGUUGAAAGGAGAAAUCAGUGGUUGGUGUGGCCCUUCUCUGCUCCGCUUCCUACAUGAGCCUGUAACUGUGUACAGUGAAUGGCAGAAAGGAAAUAAUCUUUUAUGUCGUGGGGCUUUGUUCCCAUGAUGGUAAUCCUCUAUUUUAAUGCUGAUAAGUACAAUAGUGAGGAUUAUGCUCCUUAAUUUAAUUUGGCCUGCAUAUGGCAAAGCUCUUGCCAGGCUUUUAUUUGACAUUCUUUAGCACAGCUAGCCUGUUGUUAUAUAACAAGAAGCCCCUAUAACGGAGGCAGGAGAUUGAUAAUGCUGGUGCACGUGUUUCUACCCGGCAGCUCGUUACACACCUCCAGAGAAACCGCUUCCUUGUGGGCCACUUCAGGGAGGAUUCGGACUCCGAGUGACGGGAAUCUUCAUGAUUCAGGCAGCUCGAGGAGAGCUGGCACCUCGCAAGAGGGGAAAGCGAGCACAUAUUUCUCCCACUCUGGGGCUUGGAGCCAAUUGGGCUGACCUCAGAAUGGAUGAGCCAGAGAAACAGCUUCCCAGUCAGGGCCAACUGUGGGCCAGAUCUUCAUGUGGGCUGUAAAAGUACAGAUUGCCACAUAUCUUGACACACACACUGCGUGGGGGGUCCCCGCAGAAAUAUGUGGCAGUGCUAAGAAGAUUAAACAAAACAAAACUUUCCUUAUGUAUCAGGAGGACCUUUCCUCUCCCACCCUUCAGUUCCCGUGCUCCUUUUUCCUUCCACUUCUGUUUCUCCCCCUCUGGAGGCCGGUGCCCUCCAGCCAAGUGCCUACUGCCAGGGCCAAGUUAAUGCACUAGGCAUUAGAGGAACUUGGACACCGAAGGAGGGUGGCGGCAGGUAUGGGCGCAGUGGUAGAGGUGGUGGCCUUCUUCUAGGAAGUGCUCGUGAUGUGGGAGAUACGCUGUGUGUUAUCUCCUUUGGGUAGAAAGCAGAUGGGCCUUGGUGACAGUCCUGAGUUUAAAUCAUAGUUCAGCUUCUUAUGAACUACGAGUCUUUGGUCAAAUUCCUUCGUCUUUCUGAAACUCGGUGUCCUGGGCUGCAGAAAGGGCGUGAUUGUGAGGAUUGGAGAUGAUCUCUGCGAGGGAACUAGCAUAGCUCUAGACGCAUGGUAAAUGCUCAUGGGAUGAUAACACGCUGCUGUUGGUUGUGGUGAUGGAAGUGGUAGAAACAGUAGUCUGUGCAAGCUAGCCUGAGGUGAAGAGUCAAGGCUCCUCUGGCUUAGCUGUAGGGCUUUAGACUAAAAUACGCAUUGAGGAUUCCAGCACUUUAGAAACUUUGAACAGCCCUCACUCUCUGCUUUAACGUGAGGGUCAUAUUUUAUUUUCUUGUGUUCCUGGCUUUUAUGCCAGGGAUAAACGUGAGGUUGAGUUUGGGCCCGACUCACCCUUGCCAAUAUGGCCAGGGUUUCACUGGCACAGCCCCAAGUGGUAACUUCCAGAGCUUACUCGAUUGUUAGGGCCUUCUUGGAGUUUCUUGAUUUUUAAAGUACUAAUUGAUCACAUUUAUUUUCAAACCGUUUUUGAAGCCAGAAAUCUUAUCACCAGCUGAAAGGAGCUUCAAGGAAAAAUCUGUUUUGAGUUAUAUUUUUCCUUGUGGAUUUGCUUAUGGCUGUACAUAAAUAUUUAUCUGAACUAUUUCAACAAACCUUAAAUCAUCAGUGGAUCAGUGAUCCUUAUGCAAAAGACCCUUUUAGAAGGAUUGUGGAUGUCAAGAAUGUCCGCAGUCCAAGUUCUUUUUGGAGGACCAGAUUCCAAAGUCUAGUGCCCUCUUUUAAAAUUAUCUGGAGCUGUUUGGUGAUUUUCAGUAUGUCUUUUGUUUUCCUGUUUCUGUAUACCUGUCCAUGCUAUUCCUUCUGAAUAGAAUUUCCUUGACAGUUCUUUCUUUACCUGGAAUAUUUUACUCAUCCUUCACGCUAUCACCCAUGUGGCACCUCGUGCAGGGUUUUGAAACAGACUAGAGCCAGGAGAAGACCAUCCCAGGUAGGAGAAAGAGUGAACCAUGGUCCAGAGGCAUGAUGUGCAGGGGGCACAACAAGAAGGCGAGGUGUCCAGUGGGAUGAAGGCAGAGGGUGUGGUGGGAGGGACGUGAUGUAGGGAGAACUAUAACGAGCAAUAAAGCAGAUAGGAGCCAAGA